AACAAAAUGUUGCACAUGAAUUAUAAUUUUUCUACAGAUUAUGUUUGGAAGAAAAUAUUGGAAGGUCUUGAACAUAUUUAUCGAACUCAUGGAAUCUCAAAGUCGCUAUAUAUGGAAGUUUCUAUGUAAAUACAAAUUUAAUCUUUUAUUUUUAUUUUUUUUCAAUAUUUGAAUUAUUUUUAUAGUGUGGUUUAUGAAUAUUGUUUACGCUAUUUAUUAGAACGCAUUCCAUCAAGAAGAUCUACUCGAAAUAAUCGACAAAAUGAUGUACCUAUUGAAGAAUAUGUUGUUGGUGAAUUAUAUAUCAAAUUGAAAGAUUAUUUAAAAACUUAUUGA